AUGUUCCUCUUCCGCAACUUGUUCGUCACCAUCGCCGCCACGUCUGCUCUUGUGGCGAAUCUGGUACCUUGUGCCUUUGCUGCUCCAUGGUACCCUAUGCAUUUCGUGAUGGAGGAAGAUCCCGCCAACCCACAGACGACCACAGUGUCAUGUUUUAUGGACGCACCAAACGCCAUUUCCACUGCUAUCGAUUCGUCUAUAGCGUCGGCUGCUGUCCCUACGGAAACUUCAGAAGCUACAACGGAAGCUAUGUCCUUUGUGGCGCCGACCCCCAUCCCAGUCAGCGAGUCCUCAUUAGAGCCGGAGCCGACCGCGACCACUAACACCGCUGGAACGGAAGAAGCGGCGGUGCAGCAAACGAGCAGUGCUCUUCCUGUAAAUGUACUUGGAGGUCAAAGCCUCCUUAUCGGGUCCGCCGCCACCAUACUUUACUUCAUCUUGUGA